UUCAAACUUACCUGCUCCCACAACUACCAUUCUUCUUCGGAGUAACUAACUGAGUUUGAGAGCCGAGUCAUGGAGAAGAAGAACCCAUUCUUCAUCUCUCUCACUUUCAAACUGCACUUCCUACCACUGUUUCAACUCGGUCGAGUCCUCUCUGUAAACUUGGUCUUAACUCACCCGUCAUGCUCAAAGGCAAGCUCAAGCUUCCAGCUCCGGACAAGGUUCGGAGGGACUUUCCCGACUGGCUUGGAAGCUUGGUUGCUGGAUUCGACGAAAAAGGAAACGAAAUCAAAGUAUUAGAAUUCGAACUCGAGUCCGGCGAGGAGCUCGAGCCGAUUCAACCCGGUGAGUUAGGGUUUCAUAGAGGAAGUGACGACGGUGACGAAGCCAUGGAUGAUGAUGAUGACAAGGACCAAAUAUUUCGGCAAAGGCCGAAUCCGGUUUCGGUGUUGAAAUCCAUUUCGGACGAGGAGAAAAGAUCGGAUCUGGAAUACGAGCUUUCUCAAAGGGAGAUUAAUUUGGAAAAGCUGCAAAGAAUUGCCAGUGCUGGUAUUCCUGAUGGAGGAGGUUUGCGUGCUACGGCUUGGAAGUUGAUUGUCCGUUAUGAUUUCAACUACCAGCUAUUAUUGGGUUACUUACCUUCAUCACGUGAUUUGUGGGACGAACAACUAAACGAGAACAGACAAAAAUAUGCUAAUUUGAAAGAGGACCUUCUCCAGAAUCCGUCAGAACAUGUGUGGAAAGAGUAUGAGGAAAGUUCGACUAAGCGAAACGAGGAGAAUGAUGUUGAUGGCCCCCUUAGGCGACAUGAAAUUUCUCAUGAAGAUCACCCCUUGAGCCUCGGAGCAGCUAGUCCUUGGAGUCAAUAUUUUCAAUAUACAGAGAUAGUAGAACAGAUAGAUCGAGAUCUACAGCGUACACAUCCAGAUUUGCCAUUCUUCGCAGGGGAGUCUUCAUUUAGUUGCAAAAAUAGGGAAGCGAUGAAGAGUAUCCUUCUCCUUUUUGCAAAGUUAAAUCCUGAGAUCCGUUAUGUACAAGGCAUGAACGAAGUCUUGGCACCAAUAUACUAUGUCUUUAGUACUGACUCUGACAAGCAAAAUGCUGCAAAUGUAGAAGCAGAUAGUUUUUCCUGUUUUGUUCGAAUCUUGGGCGACUCAGUGGAUCACUUCUGCGAACAAUUUGAUAAUAGUUCAAAUGGCAUCCUUGCUACUCUUUCUCGCUUGUCCGAUUUACUAAAAGUAAAUGAUGAGCAAUUAUGGCAUCAUCUUGAAUUUACAACAAAGGUUAAACCACAAUUCUAUGCAUUCCGGUGGAUUACAUUGCUACUCACACAAGAGUUCAAAUUUGAAUCUAUCUUGAGAAUAUGGGAUACACUACUUAGUAACCCUUUCGGUGUUCAGGAUAUGCUUCUUCGAAUCUGUUGUGCAAUGCUGCUUUGCGUGAAAAGCAAACUUCUAAAUGGUGAUUUUGUGGCCAAUUUAAAACUUUUACAACACUACCCUGAUGAUAUCAACCUAGAAUACCUCCUCCAGGUUGCCAAGGAUAUUAGUCCUGACACAUCUUAUUAUUGUUUAUCACUUUGAUUCGUUAUGCUUGCAUUUUUUAUAUAAUCUCAUCAACUUAUCAAAUUUGAAACUGAA